GUUCCAUAAGUCCUGAAUCUCAAAACCCUAAUAAGAUUUGCUCUGCACGAUUCUGAAUUCUACGAUUGUGAUGUUAUUCUUUAUUAAUUUCUUCAGCUGUAAGGCUUUGAACAAGUCUGUAAAUAUUCAUUUUUUAUUUUGAAUUUUUCAACAGAAAUACCAAAAAAAUAGUUUAUUUUUUGACAUUAUAAAGCCGGAGUCGCCGGCAAUUAAUGACAGCCGGAGGCUGUUUUGGUAUUCAAACAACAAUGUUGUUCGGUCGUAAAUCAUCAAGCAAGUUACAGCCUGUAAAAGGGCAAGCAUCACCUAAAGUUAGCAAGAGUAGCAAGCAGGAUGUUAAAACUUCUUCUUCUUCACCUAAACCUUCUUCGUCACCUAUACCGAUUAGAUCAUCUAAGUCAAUAUUAUCCGGGAGUUACUUAACAUCAUCAAGACGUGUUUCAUCGCCUAUAGGCAACCUCAAGAAUAUUUCUGUUAAAGAAGCUAGGAGCCCCAAGACGAGCAGCUCGCCUAAAUGGACAGGAAAUUUUAUUCUUAUGGUCGAGCUUCGCAGGAAGAUCUUUACCUUUAGAGACAUCAUUGAUCUUUCUACCCUUGAUGGUUCUCCUUCCAUAACCGAUAUGGUGAUGCAUACAAUGAAAGAUCUCCAGAAAAUUUGUCCUGAGAUCAUUCAUAGCUCCCAUAUCAUGGAAAUUAGACGUGCAAAUGUAGAUAAGGUUCUUGACCAUUUCUUUAAUGCUUUGAAAUCCAUUGGAGAUUCAUGGAUUGAUAACCCUGAAUGGAUAGCUAAAUCCAAGUAUUGGAGUAGCAGCGUCGGGAAGAAUCAGUCUGAUCGCUUAGUGGAAAAAGUGUUAGCUGCAUUAGAUGGACUGAUUAAGAUGUCCAAAGAGAGGUUUGAUAUGAUGGAGAUUGAUGAAGAAGAAGAGAAGAAAGAGUCCACUAGUCCACAGACAGGUAAAACAUCGAGCAGUCGAGUUUUAUCGCCAUCCGAAUCAUUCUCCGAUAGCAAAUCAUCCUUUGGUAGCAGAAACUCGUUUUGCGGGUCACCGACCACGCCAAGAUCAGUUCUACCAGAAUCGAUGAUGGGUUCACCGGGAAGAGUUGGAGACUUUGCAAACUCUGCAUCUCAUCUUUUAUGGAAUAUGAGAGUUCAAGCACUUGAAAAGCUUAGUCCUAUCGAUGUUAAACGACUCGCUAUCCACAUCUUGUCACAGAAAGAAGCUCAGGAACCAAACGAAAGCAAUGAUGAAGAUGUGAUUAGUGUUGUUGAAGAGAUCAAGCAGAAGAAGGAUGAAAUAGAGAGCAUUGAUGUGAAAAUGGAGACAGAAGAAUCUGUUAAUCUUGAUGAAGAAUCCGUUGUUCUUAAUGGCGAACAAGACACUAUCAUGAAGAUCUCUUCAUUGGAGUCAACAUCUGAAUCCAAACUCAAUCAUUCAGAAAAAUAUGAAAAUUCAUCACAACUUUUCCCGCCACCGCCGCCUCCUCCUCCUCCUCCUCCACUAUCCUUUAUAAAAACUGCUUCUUUACCUCUUCCAUCACCACCUCCUACUCCGCCAAUUGCUGACAUCGCAAUAUCAAUGCCACCUCCUCCGCCACCACCACCGCCUCCUCCAGCAGUUAUGCCUUUGAAACACUUUGCUCCACCACCACCACCACCGCUUCCACCAGCAGUUAUGCCUUUGAAACACUUUGCUCCACCACCACCGACUCCACCAGCAUUUAAGCCUUUAAAAGGCUCUGCUCCACCACCACCGCCACCUCCUCCACUUCCAACAACUAUAGCGGCUCCACCUCCACCGCCUCCACCUCCAAGAGCUGCAGUGGCCCCACCACCACCUCCUCCACCUCCAGGAACUGCAGCGGCACCACCACCGCCUCCUCCACCUCCAGGAACUCAAGCGGCACCACCACCGCCUCCUCCUCCACCUAUGCAAAACAGAGCACCAUCUCCACCUCCAAUGCCUAUGGGAAAUAGUGGAAGUGGUGGACCACCCCCUCCACCACCUCCUAUGCCUCUAGCUAAUGGAGCAACACCGCCACCGCCGCCACCUCCUAUGGCUAUGGCAAACGGAGCAGCAGGACCGCCUCCGCCACCACCUCGAAUGGGUAUGGCGAAUGGAGCAGCUGGUCCACCACCGCCACCAGGAGCUGCAAGAAGCUUGCGUCCCAAGAAAGCUGCCACAAAGCUGAAAAGGUCAACACAACUAGGAAACCUUUAUAGAAUCCUUAAAGGGAAAGUAGAAGGGCGUGAUCCUAACGCAAAAACCGGCAGCGGAAGCGGAAGAAAAGCUGGAGCCGGAAGCGCUCCAGCUGGUGGAAAGCAAGGAAUGGCUGAUGCUCUUGCUGAGAUCACAAAGAAAUCUGCAUAUUUUUUGCAAAUACAAGCCGAUAUUGCAAAGUACAUGACGUCAAUAAAUGAGCUGAAGAUUGAGAUCACUAAGUUCCAGACUAAAGACAUGACUGAGCUUCUUAGCUUCCACCGUCGCGUCGAAUCAGUUCUUGAAAACCUAACAGACGAGUCACAGGUUCUUGCCCGAUGCGAAGGGUUUCCGCAGAAGAAACUCGAAGCAAUGAGAAUGGCUGUUGCAUUGUACACGAAACUACACGGUAUGAUCACCGAGCUACAGAACAUGAAAAUAGAACCUCCUUUGAACCAGCUUCUUGAUAAAGUAGAACGUUACUUCACCAAGAUCAAAGGAGACAUUGACACUUUGGAUCGAACCAAAGAUGAAGAAUCAAAGAAGUUCCAGAGCCACAACAUCCACUUUGAUUUCAAUAUACUUAUUCAGAUCAAAGAAACAAUGGUUGAUAUCUCAUCAAAUUGCAUGGAACUUGCAUUGAAGGAAAAGAGAGACGAAAAGCUCGUGUCCCCCGAUGCAAAGCCGAGUUUGAAGAAGACAGUAGGAUCUGCUAAAAUGCUUUGGCGGGCAUUUCAGUUUGCAUUCAAAGUCUACACAUUUGCAGGAGGACACGACGAUCGUGCUGAUUCUCUAACCAGAGAGUUGGCUCAUGAGAUCCAAACUGAUUCUGAUCCGAACCCAUGAUGAUUACAUCAUUCAGAUCAUCUUCACAAGUUCCCAACUACUACUCCUUUUUGCUAUUUUCAACAGCGUAAAAUAUUUUCCUAAAAUGUUCGAUAUCGAACAAUAAAAGAGUUUAUGUAUAUGUAUAAGCUUUAACCUAUUGUUUUUGACUUUUGAAUGUGUAUAAUUUUUGAGUCUCCCUCAAAAAAAUAGGAUUUAGAAGUUUCAUGGGAGCUCGGAGAUACAGAAUCUUUUGAGUGAAAAGGCUUUAAGAACCUUUUAAGUCAAGCAAGACCUUUUGUGUUGCCACAAUAUGUAAUAUUGUUUUGCUGUUAUA